UGUGAUGGGAGCCCACACAUCAAGCAUGCUGCUGCUCGUUCUCAUCUUCCUAGGUGUGCAGCAGGGCUCUGAGGGCAUCAGAAAUAUAGGGUCCAGAACUCUGGUAGAAGGCGAUCAAUUGUCGUUGCAAUGCGACACCACUACUGGCCCAAACAGAAAGAAUACAAGACUGCAGUUUACUUUUUACAAAGAUGGGCAGAAGGUUCUAACACCCACGACAUCCAGUAAUUAUGAAGUUCAGUCCGUUCAUCUGGAGGAUUCUGGAAAUUAUCAUUGUAAAAUAAGUACUGCGUCUAAUACCGUUGUAAAGAGUAGUGCAAAGAUUUCUGUUGUUAUAAGAGAGCUCUUCUCUUCUGUAGACAUAAAUGUAACCCAGAGUCCAGUGGUGGAAGGACAUCAGUCGACUGUGACCUGUUAUACAAGUCUUCAUCCGGACAGACAGAAUACAGAGCUACAGUAUGCUUUCUACAGGGAUAACAAGGAGGUUCAGGGAUUUGGGUCAUCUAAUAAAUAUGAAAUUCUGUCCGCUCGGCUAGAGGAUUCUGGGAUUUACUACUGUGAGGUGGAAACAUCAGACAAGACCGUACGGAAGAGAAGUGACAUCUUAACUGUCCUCGUAAUAGGUUUCUUACAUUUUAAGGAUCAGAACCAUGAAAUCCAUGAAACUUUUCGGAUGUCUCUUAUUAUGGAGUCUUUAUUUCCAUCAAAUUUCGUCACAGGCUCAAUCUCAAGAUAUGACUGUUCAGAUAUAUGGCAACAAAAUAAUCUUACGACCAGUGGAAUAUACAUGAUAAAACCAAAGGAAGCUGAGUUCUCUUUCCCGGUAUACUGUGAAAUGUCUUUAAAUGGUGGCUGGACUCUAAUCCAAAAACACAAUGGAGUCGAUGGAUUAAGCUUUGAGAAAACGUGGGAAGAGUAUGAAAAUGGAUUUGGCGAUCUUCAAGGUGAACACUGGCUUGGGCUCAAGUACAUUUACGCCCUGACAAACCAGAUAGGAAAACCCUCCAAACUGCACAUCAGCAUCGGAGACUUUGGUGACCAAGAAGCCUAUGCAAGAUAUGAUUCCUUUGUCAUAGCCAAUGCAAGCAGCUACUAUAAAUUGUUAGCAGGAAAUUACUCGGGUACAGCCGGAGAUGCCUUCCUUGGAAAUGGAAGAAACGGCACCAAUCAACACAGCAGCGCAUUUAGCACUGAAGAUCUUCCUAACGACAACUGUCACCCAUUAUGUGUACUUGGGGACAUCAUGUAUCUCAGCUGUAGCGAACAAUUCAGUGCUGGCUGGUGGUUUAACGCUUGUGGAUCCGCAAAUCUGAAUGGUGUUUGGCGCUCACCACCGAGAUAUAAACGUUGGGUCUCAUCUGUGUCAUGGCCAACAUGGAGACUCGGUGAGUCUCUGAAAUUCAGUCAAAUGUAUGUGAUCCACCAGUAG